UUUGCCUUAUUUUAAGCGCACUAAGAUAUUUCAGACGACCAAAUGACCCGGACACACCGAACCUCCACUUGUUUCUACCUCCUCCUGAUCCACUGAUCGGUUAUUUCCCGGCGACUUCAUCCUUCCGUCGCUCCCAAAAGGAAUCCGCCCGUGCGUAAAGUGCGCGGAGGUGUGGCUCGGUUUGGAUGACAUCAGCCUCCUCCUGCAGAAUAUGUGAGCGCAGCCGGAGUCAGAUCGACUCAGUUCGGCUCCGGCAGGACCAAGGAGCCUCCAGCCACCAUGGAGCCCAGAGCCCGGAGCUGAUCCCGGACUUAGUCCUGGCUGGAGGUGGGUUGAACUCCCUCUUGGAUUAUCUUUUUUUUUUUUUUUUUUUUUUUUUUUUGUGGAGAAGACUGGUGAGGCUCUGUGGCGAUCGGAACCAGACAGGGGGGAUGGAUCCCUCCCGCUGGCUCCUGCUGUUUCUCUCUCUGGCGCUCUGGAUCCAGGACGGGAUGUGCCAACACCUGAACCACUUCAUCCGCCCCAGCCCCAGCGACUCCCUCCCCGUGGAGGUCCUGAAGGAGGAGCCGGACCCGCAGCUGGACCCGAAGGAGAAGGACCUGAACGGGACGGAGCUCCGGAGCCUCCUGGGGAGCCACUUCAACCCGGACUUCAUGUCCGUGUCCCUGCCGGAGGACCUCUCCGAGGACGAGCCGGACCAGAGCCCGAAGCUCACCGGACCGAUGCCGAAAGAGAUCCGAACCCUGGAGCUGGAGGUGCUGUUCGGCAGGAAGCAGAAGGCGAACCGGAAGCUGCGCAGGAUGCUCUGGGCCUACACGCUGUGUCCGGUGGUUUACGCGUGGACCGAACUGGGCUGGCGGUUCUGGCCGCGCUACCUGAAGGUGGGCAGCUGCUACAGCAAGCGGUCCUGCUCGGUUCCGGAGGGGAUGACGUGCAAACCGGCCAAAGCGACUCACUUGACUUUCCUGAGGUGGCACUGCCCGCAGAAAAAGGCUCCGCAGAGAUGCGCCUGGAUCCACAUCCAGUACCCGGUCAUAUCCGAGUGCAAAUGCUCCUGUCCGAACUGAGGAGAACCGGAUCCGGAUCGGAUCCGCAGAACUGUUCAAAAACAAAAAAAAAUCUCAGAGGAGAAUCGCUUUCUGCGUCUUCAGAUUGCUGUACUAUUACAUCGGGACUAAACCUUAUAAGUGAUGGUCAGUUUUUGUUUUUGUUGUUGUUAUUUUUUUAAUAAUCUCUGCUCUACUGGAUUAAUAUAAAUCAUAUGUGUUUCUUAUUUAUAAGACUGAGUUAAACUUCAGUUUUCAGGAAGAUUGUCUUCAUGGAUUUUCUGAAUUCAUGGAUGAAUUCCCGUUUGAACCCAAAGCUGAAUGAAAUGUUCUCCCACUGUGGGAUCAGAUGAUGGUCAGAAACUAACCAUCUAUCACCAGGAAUUAUUUGUAAUCGAAUUGUUGAACAGUCCAGGAUGACACAACUGCAACUAUACAGGAACAACAGAGUUCCUGUAUAGUUUGAAAUGGACAAAACUCAUAUGAAUCAGAAUUGGAAUUAAAUGUACAGAAAUAUUUUGAUAACAUUUGAUCUAUUUUGGCAAAACUGUGGUGUUUUAAAUGCCAUAAAAGAGAAGACAUUCCCCUAUUUUUGUGAUGGGGUGUAUGGGGGGAUAAAAUACUUAAAAUAACUUUUAGAGAGAGAUGUGAAUUGUUUACAGUACUCCACAUUUUUACAAUAAAUUCAUAAAUCUUGAUAUUUGUACCAAAGAAAGACACGUUUCUGUCAUUUAACUUGUAAAGUACCCCAAAAAUCAGAUUUCUUCAA